CCACCCGCUCCUCGCGCGCGCCGUCCACGGCCUCGCCCUCCGCCGCGCGCUCCCUCUCUCCGCCUUCCACCGCAACACCCUCCUCGCCUUCUACUUCCGCCAGCGCACUUCCCCCGACGCGGCCCUCCACCUGUUCGACGAGAUGCCGCACCGGACGUCUUCCUCCUGGUACACCGCCAUCUCCGGAUGCGUGCGCUGCGGCAUGGACUCCACGGCCUUCUCCCUGCUGCGGGGCAUGCGGGAGCGUGACGUGCCCCUCAGCGGCUUCGCGCUCGCGAGCCUCGUCACGGCAUGCGAGUGCCGGGGCUGGGAGGAGGGUGUGGCGUGCGGCGCCGCCAUCCACGCGCUCACACACAGGGCGGGGCUCAUGGGGAACGUCUACAUCGGGACCGCGCUCCUGCACCUCUACGGCUCCCGUGGGCUGGUGUCGGAUGCCCAGCGACUGUUCUGGGAGAUGCCUGAGCGGAAUGUCGUGUCAUGGACAGCGCUAAUGGUGGCAUUGUCGUCGAACGGGUACUUGGAGGAGGCAUUGGCCGCUUAUCGUCGGAUGAGGAGGGAAGGUGUUCCGUGCAAUGCGAAUGCCUUUGCCACGGUGGUCAGCUUGUGUGGGUCACUCGAGGAUGAGGCGGCUGGGCUUCAGGUCGCUGCCCAUGUGGUGCUCUCUGGCCUGCAGGGGCACGUUUCAGUGGCAAACUCGCUUAUCACCAUGUUUGGGAACCUGUGGAUUGUGCAGGAUGCGGAGAGGCUCUUUGAUCGGAUGGAGGAGCGGGACCGGAUAUCUUGGAACGCGAUGAUAUCCAUGUACUCACAUGAAGGGGCCUGCAGCAAAUGUUUUAUACUACUUUCAGAUAUGCGUCGUCAUGGUGGAGUGAGGCCUGAUGUGACGACUCUGUGCAGCUUGUUAUCUGUCUGUGCUUCGUCGGAUCAUGUUUCCCUAGGAAGAGGGAUUCAUUCCCUGUGUCACAGGAGUGGUCUGCAUUCUUCUGUUCUGGUUGGUAAUUCCCUUGUUAAUAUGUACUCUGCUGCCGGGAAGCUGGAUGAGGCUGAGUCUCUGUUCUGGAGCAUGAGCAGGCGUGAUGUAAUGUCGUGGAACACUAUGAUUUCAUCUUACGUGCAGAAUGAUAGCUGUGUUGAAGCACUUCAGGCAUUGGGCCAGUUACUUCGAACUGAUGAAGGUCCACCAAACCACAUGACAUUUUCCAGCGCUUUAGGAGCAUGUUCAAGUCCAGAAGCCUUGAUGGAUGGCAGAACAGUUCAUGCCAUGGUAUUGCAGCACAAUCUUCAGAACAAUCUACUGAUUGGAAAUUCUCUCCUCACAAUGUACAGUAAAUGCAAUUCGAUGGAAGAUGCAGAGAGAGUAUUUCAGUCAAUGCCGUGUUGUGAUGUUGUUAGCUGCAAUGUGCUUAUUGGGGGCUACUCAACACUUGAGGAUGCUACAAAUGCAAUGCGUGUGUUUUUAUGGAUGAGGGGUACUGGGAUAAAGCCAAAUUAUAUCACAAUGAUAAAUAUCCAGGGAUCUUGCAAAUCUCCACAUGAUUUGCGCAGUUAUGGAAUGCCACUGCAUGCAUACAUAACACAGACUGGAUUAUUGUCAAACGAGUACAUUACAAACUCAUUGAUCACGAUGUAUGCAACCUGUGGUGAUUUGGAAUCUAGUUCUGAUAUAUUCUGCAGAAUCAAGAAUAAGAGUGUUAUUUCCUGGAAUGCCAUCAUCGCUGCCAAUGUACGACAUGGCCAUGGAGAGGAAGCUCUAAAGCUUUUCACGGAUUUGCAGCAUGCUGGAAACAAACUUGAUCGUUUUUGUCUAGCUGAAUGUUUGUCGUCCAGUGCAAGCUUGGCAUCAUUAGAGGAAGGCAUGCAGCUACACGGUCUUAGUGUGAAAUGUGGGCUGGAUCAUGAUAGUCAUGUUGUUAAUGCCGCAAUGGAUAUGUAUGGGAAAUGUGGAAAGAUGGAUGAUAUGUUGAAAAUGCUGCCUGAUCCUGCCAGUCGGCCUACUCAAUGUUGGAAUACAUUGAUAUCAAGUUAUGCAAGAUAUGGUUAUUUAAAAGAAGCUGAAGAUACAUUCAAGCACAUGGUCUCGAUAGGGCGAAAGCCAGACUAUGUGACAUUUGUUGCCCUCCUCUCGGCUUGUAGUCAUGCUGGUCUAGUAGACAAGGGCAUCAAUUACUACAACUCUAUGGCUUCUACAUAUGGUGUGCCCCCUGGAAUAAAACAUUGUGUUUGCAUAGUGGAUCUCCUUGGACGUUUAGGGCAAUUUGCAGAGGCAGAGAAAUUUAUUGAAGAAAUGCAAGUCUUGCCAAAUGAUCUAAUAUGGAGUUUGCUUUCCUCUAGUAGAACUUACAAAAAUCUGGAUAUUGGGAGGAAAGCUGCCAAGAAUCUCCUGGAAUUGGAUCCAUUUGAUGACUCUGCGUAUGUUCUUUUGUCAAACUUAUAUGCUACAAACGCAAGAUGGGUAGAUGUUGACAAAUUAAGAAGUCACAUGAAGACCAUCAAGUUACACAAAAGACCUGCCUGCAGCUGGCUCAAGUUGAAGAAUGAGGUGAGCACAUUUGGUAUAGGUGACCGGAGUCAUAUGCAUGCAGAAAAGAUCUAUGCAAAGUUGGACGAAAUCUUGCUAAAGCUCAGGGAAGUGGGCUAUGUGGCUGAUACCACAUCUGCGCUGCAUGAUACGGAUGAAGAGCAAAAAGAGCAGAACCUGUGGAACCACAGCGAGAAGCUUGCAUUGGCAUACGGGCUUCUUGUUGUGCCAGAAGGAUCUACAAUAAGGAUAUUCAAGAAUCUCAGGGUCUGUGCAGACUGCCAUCUGGUAUUUAAGCUGGUUAGCAUGGUUUAUCACAGGGAAAUCGUUCUGAGAGAUCCUUACAGGUUCCACCAAUUCAAAGGUGGAUACUGCUCUUGUUCAGAUUUUUGGUGAGAUAGUCAUACACCAAUUCAGAUUUUUGGUUGUACAUGUCAACACAGGAUUCUCUCUCCCUCCCUCUGACACACAUAUAUGAAAACUGAUGGAGCUGACUGUCAAACUCACACCCUCCCUUUGUAUUUAAAGAAGCGAUUAUCCAGGACAAAUCUCAUAAUGUUAUCAAGCUCCCGCCGUCGAUCGAUGGAUCCUACAUCCUACAUCCAACCCACGUCAUUCUGGAACUGGAACCCGUGUUCAGCAGAGUGUUCUCUAUUCAGAUAGGCCAAGGUGGUCUCGUCACAGAAGACCAGCACUGCAACCUGAGCCUGUAGGAUAUGAAAUUGGAACUGUUGGUCCACAGACUCUUUGCUGUUCGGUCCGCCCACCCCGCCCCAAGUGGUUGGGAGGAGUUCGAGGACAAGCUAGAUUUGAGGAGCAUGCCGGUAAUGUGAACAGUAGUGAGGUUGGUUCAACAGUUACUGUUCCAUCAGAAUAUGAGGCAUUAUCCGCAAGGGACUCAUCUUUUAUACCUGAAUCAACCGAAGAGAAGCCCCCAAAAGAUUCCGAUGCCGAGUACAUACAACUGUAGUGCUUUUAAUGAAGGAGGAGUCGUUGUGUUUGCUUAGGGAAUACUUUCUUAAGAAUCCUCCGACCGGCCUCAGAGAGGCUUUUGAUCAAAUUAUAGCUGCUGAACAUGCUGCUCAGGGUAGAGAGCCACCACUACCAAGAAAACAAUUCCCAGUUGAUCAGGAAACCAAAUCUUUUCAGGCAGAAGAACAUGAUUUUGCUACCGGUGCGGCGGUGCUCCAUCUGAGUGUGUAACAUUAAGACAACCAAGUUAUAGUUUUUAACCUAUUGGUCUCUUUUCUUUUCUCAUUGUAUUCUGGUUACUUUCUAGUGCUCAUAGUUAAUUUUCCCUAAGCAUUUCCAUUUUUUUAUCGAGUUGUCAUGUACAUGGGUUGUAGGGCAUGUGGUCUAAAUUUGGUCUGCCCUACUUCGACACUGAUGGUGCAAGGUUAGGACCCCAUGUUCUGCGGAUGUUGUAAACUAUCCAAUUACCACUCUUAUGCUACACACAUUGAUAUAUUCUACCCUAUUUGUUUUACUUGGCAAAAAGUUAGGGUUGUUGGUAACAUUUGUGCAGCAUAUGUAUCAUUUGCCCAUACACCAUAGCAUUAUUCCCAAUAGUGGCUUUUCUGGUGAUGGUAAAGUGGAUUGGGGACGUGGCAAUGGCAAGUGAAAAUUUUCUAAAGAAUUGUGUAUGCACCAACAUUUGAACAUAUAUAGGUUGAUUCAAUGCAA